AUGAAGUGGACCUAUAAUAAUUUGCUUUCUUGGUUUGCAAUUUUCCUGUCCGCCAUAACUGUGAUUCUGCUGCUAAACAAGAAAUGGUCAGAAAUCGGGGGCAGGAAACGACCACCAGGCCCUCCAGGAUGGCCAGUUUUUGGCAACAUCAUUGAUCUUGGAACCAUUCCACACCAGGAACUGUACAAGCUCAAACACAGGCACAGGCCUAUAAUUUGGUUGAGACUUGGGUACACAAACACCCUUGUAAUACAAUCUGCCAAGGCCGCUGAAGAUCUGUUCAAGAAUCAUGACCAUGCUUUCUCCGACCGCAAAGUUCCUGUCGCAUUUACAGCCCAUAACUUCGACCAAGGAUCACUUUCCCUCGGCCGAUAUGGCCCGAAAUGGCGUAUGCUUCGGCGUCUUUUGUUAAUGGAGCUGUUAGGCUACAGGCGAAUCAACGAGUCCAUUCCCCUUCAACGAAAUUGCAUUGACAAGAUGGUACAAGCCAUCAUAGAGGACGCAAAGGCAGCUUGUGCAAGGGGAGAAUCAGGGGAGGUGAAUAUAGCUCACCACCUCUUUGUCUCGACAUUCAACUUCAUUGGCAACCUGGUGUUCUCCCAGGAUCUUUUGAAUUCUCAGUCGGAAGAUGGGAGCCAGCUCUAUGAUGCUAUGACUAAGAUGGAGUAGGGAGGCAAGCCAAAUGUGGCCGACUUCUUGCCUGUUUUGAAAUGGAUGGAUCCUCAGGGAAUCAAGAGAAAUAUGGCGCGAGACUUGGGACGAGCCAUGAAGGUAGUAGAGAGGUUCGUGAAAGAAAGGAUUGCAGAGAAUCAAUGCGAAAGAGAAGACAAGGAUUUCUUGGAUGUCCUGUUGGAGUAUGAAGGCGAUGAAAAAGAAGAGCCUGAUAAGAUCUCAACUCGUAAUAUACUCGUAACUAUACUGGAAGUAUUUCUUGGUGGGUCAGGAACUUCAAGCAUCACUAUUGAAUGGGCCCUGGCAGAGCUGCUUCGGCACCCAAAAUCAAUGAGAACAGUUAAUGAUGAAAUUAAUCGAGUUGUUGGAUCAAGCAAGAAGGUUGAAGAGAGAGACAAUGAAGAACUGCUAUAUCCGCAAGCAGUGAUCAAAGAAACAGUGCGACUACAUCCUGUAAACCCAUUGCUGCUUCCAAGAAAUACAUUGGAAGAUAGAAACUUCGUGAGAUACCGCAUACCUAAAGACACACAAGUUUUAGUAAAUGCAUGGGCUAUUGGAAGAGACCCUGAUACUUGAGAGGAUCCUUCGUCUUUCAACCCUGAGAUAUUUUUAGGCUUCAGUAUUGAUUUCAAGGGGCAAAACUAUGAGUUAAUCCCAUUCGGAUCUGGACGAAUGUGUGCAGGAAUUUUAUUGGCUCAUCCUUUUGUUCACUUGGGUCUUGCUUUCCUGAUUCCCGGUUUUGACUAGGAGCUUGGAGGAAAUAGUAGUCCAGAGGGCGUAGACAUGAAUGAACGAAUGGGAAUAACAUUUCGGAAAUUUAUACCCUUGGAGCCUUGCCAAAUUACCAAUGCCAAAGAAGAAUAUGAUGUGCAUAGAUGCUUUAACAAAACAAAAAGUAAUGAUGAUGAUCAUCUGAUAUAA